AUGUUCGAUCCCCCGGGCCGCUACAACGGGGCGAGGCAUCGACUCCCGGAGGCCUUCGUCCUCGACGCCACCGGCAAAGAGCGGCGGAUGCCUUACUACGGCCUCGAUAUUGGCCCCCUCGACGUGGGCUCCGUGAUAGUGCUGCGAGGUGCUCCUCGUGGAGAGCACCUUGCGGCGUACUUGGUGGGAGAGGAGGAGCACCAGGGGGCGGAUGGGAGCCAGGAGAGUGGGCGAGGAGGAGGAGGAGGAGGAGGAGCGGGGAGUUCCCUCGGAGGAGGCGGUGGUGGCAUCAGCAACGGCGACGACGCCCGACGAAACCCCUCCGCCGGAAAACCACCAUUUUCGUCGUCGCCGGACAGCGGUAGUCGCAGCCAAGCCGAAAACUUGGAGCGAGCCGCCCAUAUACGAGGAGAGGCGCUGCGGGAGCUGGUUGGGAUCGGAGGAGGAGGAGGAGGAGCGACCUCGAACGGCGGUAGCGGCGGGGCCGGGGGGGCGAGUGCGCACGAGCUGUUUCGGCAGGCGGCAGACCUCGGGGACCCCGAUAGCUACUUCUACCUGGCCUUGCUGCAGUCCGCGGGGCUCCACGGGGGCGAGGCCGGGGCCGGGAAGGACCAGGCGCGGACGUGGGCUCUUUGCGGCACGCACGCCGCCAAUACAGACGCCAACCUUCUGCUCGGGUACCGUUUUCUUGCUGGCCUCGAAGAGAGAAAAGACGGAAUCACGUGCAACGAGGCCGUCCAUUUUUACCAGCUUGCCGUGGAUGAGCUUCGCCUGGGCUUGGAGGACGCCUCCCAGGAUCUAUACCCUCCCGCGGACGUGUUUCGCCUCGGCGUCGAGCAUGGCUUGGGGGCAUGGGGCGUGGCCGGCGGCGGCGGCGGCGGAAGGGGUGACGGUGCCGGGGGGUUAGGUUACCUUCCUGGGGGCGCCGCAGCGGGCGGAGGUGGAGGGGGUGGUGGCGGACAAGGCGGACCGGCGCGAGGGGAUAUGGCUUUUGCGGACGAUGCGCUGCUGAGGGCAGAAGCUGGCGAUCCCUCCGCUACGAUGAUGAUGGGGUACCUCCACAUGGUCGGUUCCGAGGAGAUGGGCAUCACCCCGGACUUCGCGAAAGCGGAACAGCUCAUGUGGGAGGCGGUGAAGAACGGGGACCCGGGAGGCUACGCCUACCUCGCGUGGAUGCACCACAACGGCCACAUCGGCGGGCACCUGCCCCCGCACCUGCAGCCGCGGCUGCCCGACGGGGGCGGGGAAGGGGACGAGCGCGCCAAAGGCGGCGGGAAGCUGGCCUCCCGGAGGGAGGGCGACCUCAGGGCGAUGGCGUACGCGCUCUGGGGGAAGGAGCGGGUGGACGGGACCAACGUCGGGAGGGGGGUCCCCGAGACGAUUACCGAGGGGGGUGGUGGUGCCGGGGGGCCCGCCGGUGGGAAGGGGGGUAGUAGGUCCAGAGGGGUUAAGGGCGGCAGCGGUAGCGCUAAGGAAAUCGGGGUUGAUGAUGGUGAUGAUGGUUACGACGACGACAACGACUACUACGGGUACAGCGAUGAUGGUCGAGGGCAGCGCGCUGCCGGCGGCGAGGACGGUCGGGAGCUGAUGCCCGGGGAGGACAUGUGGGGCGGGGAGGCCAGCGAGGAGUCGUGGGAGUGGGAGACGAUCGGGGGCGGGGUCAGCGGCGCGAUCGCGGCGGCGGACCUGUACGUUGACGGUUUCAAGGCGGGAGACCCGGCCUGCGCCACUGGCCUCGCGGACAUGUGGCUGCACGGCGAAUACUCGGACACAAGGGACGGCAGGGGGGCCGGCGGGAAGUACCCCAUGCUUCAGGCGUACCUCUUGUUCACUCAGGCGCUGGAAAUGGGCAAGAAGUUCGGCGAGCCGCAGACGAUCGCGGCCCUUCGGAUCGGCAGCAUGUUUCAGCACGGCCUGGUCCCUUACCUGGGUUACAACACCACGGAGGCGUUGUCCUACUACCAGGAGUCUGCGGACAACGGGGGAAUGGACGCCAUCCUGGUCCUCGCAGACCUACACCUGGCCGGAUUCAAGGGAGCGCUGGAGAAGUCUUGCAAGACGGCGGCCGGGCUGUACCAGAAGUACGCCAACCUCUGCAUCAAGGACGGAGCGUUGGCGCACGGCAGGCUGACGUUCGAGCAGGGUCAGUACCAAGAGGCGUUCGUACACUACCUCAUCGCCGCCGAACAAGGCAACAAGGAAGGACAGGCCUCGUUGGCGUGGCUGCUGGACAGGAGCAUGGCCGCCGCCGCCCCGGGCACUUCCUGGCCCUCGUCGCUGGUGCGUCGGGCCUGGGAUAGCCUUGUUGGCGACGGCGGCGGCGGCGGCGGCGGCGGCGGUGGCGGCGGUGGUGGCGAUAUCGGGCCAAGCGGUGGCGAUGAGCGCGUCGAAGACGCAAGCGGUUGGCCUGACGAAGGAGGAAGCGGCGGUGGCAGUGCGACCGGUAGCGGGAGUGGGAUGAGGAGGGGGAGGAGGAGGAGGAGAAGCGGUGUUGGCGGCGUUGCCGACGCCGUCCGCCAGAUGGGCGGGGACCCCGAAGCCAUGGCGCGCCGUUACCGUAGGCUCGCCGCUGAGCAGGGGGACUCAGAAGCGAGGUGCGACAUAGCGGACCACCUGUAUCGGCAGGCGAAGGACAUGGGGGCCGUCGCGCCGGGCACCGGUUGGUUGCCCGCAUGGGCCCGAACUACUACCACCACCACCACCAACAACAACAACAACAACAACAACGACGACGACGACGAUGACAACGGCGAUGACAACAAAAACAAAGCCAGUGACGACGAGAACAACCAUCAGCAGAGGAAGAAGAAGCGUCUCAAACCGAUUGGUCAAGGGGGAAUCGGAGCGACUACGGGCGGCGGCGGCGGCGGCUACGGGCGCGAGAGCGAGGACGAGCGGCUAGCGCGGGAGAGCGACGCGGCGCAGCUGCUGUCGGACGCGGUGGCGUACUACAGGCUUGCGGCGGAGGGGGGGCGGGGGGAGGGAGGCCUGGGCGGCAGUAGUCCCAGCCAACGGGGCUUGUUUUCGCUGGGUUGGAUGCACCAGCACGGAGUAGGCGUCGAGGCCGACCCGGCUCUGGCGCGCGAGCUCUACCGACGGUCGGGGUCCGCCCCGGCGUUGCUGGGCCUCUGGAUGAUGGGGGCGUCGGACCUCGCGUUGGAGAUCGGAGCUCCGCUAGCGGUGUCGGUCGUCGUCGUUGCGGCCACGAUGCUUGCGAUGAGGCUCCUGGGUAAGCGGCGCCGGGGCGGGAGUGGCCGCCGGCACCGCCAACCCGUCCAAGCAGGAGCGGCAGCAGCAGCAGCGGUGGCAGGCGGGAGGGGAAGAGGAGGACGCCGACGACGAGGAGGAGGAGGAGGAGGAGGAGGCCGGGUGGGGGGGAGCGCCCUGCUGAUGCAGAGGGAAGGGGAGGAGGAGGAGGCAGAAGAAGAAGAAGAGGCGGUUGUUGAUGCCACAGGCCUCGUGGGGGAGGAACCGCGGAUAGGAUAA